CUCCAUUCAUAUUAAGGAGCUCCAGACAGUAAAGCGGAGCGGCGAGCGAGCAACUAUCGACACAAGAGAGGAAAUGUCUUCAAGUUUGGGAAUGUAACUAUGGCAAGGAUAUCAAACUCGAGGAUCGCUUUAAUCCGGUUCUCAGCCCCCUCUCCGUGGAUGAUGCUGUAGAUGCCAGCCCCGCCCACAGAGCGAAGGACGCCGGGUCAAUAAGAGCUCCAUUCUUCCCCCCCGCCCGCGUGACAGACAGCAAACCCGGAGGAGCCGCUGGGAGCGAGAGCGCGCCCCACCCGCCCGCCUGCCCGCCCUGCCCGCCUCCCGUCCGCCACACCGUCCCGUCCCGCCCGCGGGGAGCAGCGCAGCCAUGCCACCAUGCCGGCGGCUGCCCCGCCCCGUCCCGCCGCCGGGUUGCCUGCUGCUCCUGGUGGCGCUGGCCGCCCUGGCGCUGUCCCGCGGCGCACCUGCCCCCUUCAGGACCUUCGCCCCGCCCGAGGGCGGCCUGACACACCUGGUCAUUCACGAUAAGACGGGCGACGUCUACGUGGGCGCAGUCAACUGGAUCUUCAAGCUCUCCAGGAAUCUGACCAAGCUGCGGGCCCACAUGACGGGCCCCGUGCAGGACAACGAGAAGUGCUACCCGCCCCCCGGGGUGCAGUCCUGCCCCCACGAGCUGGCGCAGACUAACAACGUCAACAAGCUGCUGCUGGUGGACUACGCGCAGAACCGGCUGCUGGCCUGCGGCAGCACCUCGCAGGGCAUCUGCCAGUUUCUGCGCCUCGACGACCUCUUCAAGCUGGGCGAGCCGCACCACCGCAAGGAGCACUACCUGUCUAGCGUCAGCGAGUCGGGCACCAUGUCGGGCGUGCUGAUCGAGGACGCCGACGGCCUCAACAGCAAGCUCUUCAUCGGCACGCCCAUCGACGGCAAGUCCGAGUACUUCCCCACGCUCUCCAGCCGCAAGCUGAUGGCCAACGAGGAGAACGCCGACAUGUUCAGCUUCGUCUACCAGGACGAGUUCGUCUCCUCGCAGCUCAAGAUCCCCUCGGACACGCUCUCCAAGUUCCCGGCCUUCGACAUCUACUACAUCUACAGCUUCAGCAGUGAGCAGUUCGUCUACUACCUGACCCUGCAGCUGGACACCCAGCUGACCUCGCCUGACGCCAGCGGUGAGCAGUUCUUCACCUCCAAGAUCGUGCGCCUGUGUGUGGACGACCCCAAGUUCUACUCCUACGUGGAGUUCCCCAUCGGCUGCACCAAGGACGGUGUGGAGUACCGGCUGGUCCAGGACGCCUACCUGAGCCGGCCCGGCCGGCAGCUGGCCCGGUCCCUGGGCAUCUCGGAAAAGGAGGACAUCCUCUUCACGGUCUUUGCGCAGGGCCAGAAGAACCGGGCCAAGCCGCCCAAGGAGUCGGCCCUGUGCCUCUUCACCCUCCGACGCAUCAAGGAGAAGAUCAAGGAGCGCAUCCAGUCCUGCUACAAGGGCGAGGGCAAGCUGUCGCUGCCCUGGCUGCUCAAUAAGGAACUGGCCUGCAUCAACUCGCCCCUGCAGAUCGAUGACAACUUCUGCGGGCAGGACUUCAACCAGCCGCUGGGCGGGACCAGCACCAUCGAGGGGACGCCACUCUUCGUGGACAAGGACGACGGCAUGACCUCGGUGGCUGCCUACGACUACCGGGGCCACACGGUGGCCUUUGCAGGGACCCGCAGCGGGAGGCUCAAGAAGAUCCUGGUAAAUUCGGUGAGCCCCAGCCAGCCGGCGGUGCUGUAUGAGAACGUGGUGGUGAACGAGGGAAACCCCGUCCUCCGAGACCUGCUCUUCAGCCCCGACCACCAGCACAUCUACACCCUCACCGACAAGCAGGUGAGCCGGGUGCCAGUGGAGAGCUGCGAGCAGUAUACCAGCUGUGCGGAGUGCCUCGGCUCCAGGGAUCCCCACUGUGGCUGGUGUGUCCUCCACAACAUCUGCUCGCGGAAGGACAGGUGCGACCGGGCGGAGGAGCCGCAGCGCUUUGCCUCAGACCCGCGGCAGUGCGUGGAGCUCAGCAUCCAGCCCAGGAACAUUUCCGUCACCAUGUCCGAAGUGCAGCUGGUGCUGCAGGCCCGCAAUGUGCCCGACCUUUCUGCGGGGGUCAACUGCUCCUUCGAGGACUACACAGAGAGCGAGGGCCGCAUCGAGGGAGGCUACAUCUACUGCCUGUCCCCCUCCUCCCGCGACGUCGUGCCCAUCACCCGCGGCCAGGGUGACAAGCGUGUGGUCAAGCUGUACUUGAAGUCCAAGGAGACGGGGAAGAAGUUCGCCAGCGUGGACUUCGUCUUUUACAACUGCAGCGUCCACCAGUCCUGCCUGUCCUGCGUCAACGGCUCCUUCCCCUGCCACUGGUGCAAGUACCGGCACAUGUGCACCCACAACGCCCACGACUGCUCCUUUCAGGAGGGCCGCGUCAACACCUCAGAGGAGUGCCCCCAGAUCCUGCCCUCCACUCAGAUCUACAUUCCUGUGGGCGUAAUGAAGCCCAUCACGCUCCUGGCCCGGAACCUUCCGCAGCCCCAGUCGGGCCAAAGAAACUACGAGUGUAUCUUCCACAUCCAGGGGGCGGAGAUCAGCGUCACCGCCCUGCGCUUCAACAGCACCAGCAUCCAGUGCCAGAAGACCGUGUACGACUAUGAGGGCAACGACAUCAGUGACCUGCCCGUGGACCUGUCGGUGGUGUGGAACGGAAACUUUGUCAUCGACAACCCUCACAAUAUCCAAGCUCACCUGUAUAAGUGCUACGCCCUGCGGGACAGCUGUGGGAUGUGUCUGAAGGCCGACCCGAGGUUCGAGUGCGGCUGGUGCGUGCAGGAGAAGAAGUGCUCUCUGCGGCAGGAGUGCGCCCCGCCCGAGAGCAGCUGGAUGCACGCCAGCGCCGGGAACAGCCGCUGCACACACCCCAAAAUCACCAAGCUGUACCCAGAGACAGGCCCGCGGCAGGGCGGCACCAGGCUCACCAUCACCGGGGAGAACCUGGGCCUCCAGUUUCGGGACAUCCAGAACGGAGUGCGACUGGGCAAAGUGCUCUGCCACCCCAUCGAGGAGGAGUACAUCAGUGCUGAGCGGAUCGUGUGCCAGCUGGCGGACGCCACAGGCUACCCCGUCCACGCGGCGCAGGUGGAGGUGUGUGUGCGGGACUGCAUGGCCGACUACCGAGCCGUCUCUCCCAGGACCUUCACCUUCGUGACUCCUUACUUCUCUCGAGUGCAGCCCACCCAGGGCCCUCUCUCUGGGGGCACCCGGAUCACCAUCGAGGGGAACCACCUCAACGCCGGCAGCGCCGUGUCCAUCAACAUCGGGCUCCGCCCCUGCCGGUUUGAGAGGAGGAGCGCCAGGGAGAUCGUGUGCGUGACACCGGCCGGUCAGAACGCAGGGGGAACGCCGGUCAUGGUGGACAUCAACUGGGCUGAGCUGCGAAACCCGGAGGUCAAGUUCAACUACACCGAGGACCCUACCAUCCUGAAGAUCGACCCCGACUGGAGCAUUGCCAGCGGCGGGACCCUGCUGACGGUCAGCGGCACCAAUCUGGCAACCAUCAAGGAGCCCAAGAUCCGGGCCAAGUACGGCUCUGUAGAAUCGUUCCACAACUGCACUGUCUACAACAACUCCGUGAUGGUGUGCCCGGCCCCAUCGGUGGCGCACUCGGAGAAGGGCGUCUCAGAGAUGGGCAGCGGGCCUGACGAGAUCGGCUUCCGCAUGGACAACGUGCAGUCGGUGGUCGUCGUCAACGAGACCUUCAGCUACUACCCCGACCCCGUCUUUGAGCCCCUGAGCCCCACUGGCAUUCUGGAGCUGAAGCCCAGCUCGCCGCUCAUCCUCAAGGGCCGGAACCUGAUUCCCUCUGCCCCCGGGAACGCGAGGCUGAACUACACGGUGCUGAUCGGAGAGACGCCGUGCGUGCUGACUCUGUCAGAGACACAGCUGCUCUGCGAGUGGCCCAACCUGACCGGCCAGCACAAAGUGACGAUCCGCGCGGGCGGGUUCGAGUACUCCCCCGGCACGCUGCAGAUCUACUCGGACAGCCUGCUGACGCUUCCCGCCAUCAUCGGCAUUGGCGGCGGCGGCGGGCUGCUGCUGCUGGUCAUCAUCGCCGUGCUCAUCGCCUACAAGCGCAAGUCGCGGGAUGCCGACCGCACGCUCAAGCGUCUGCAGCUGCAGAUGGACAACCUGGAGUCCCGCGUGGCGCUGGAGUGCAAGGAAGCAUUCGCGGAGCUGCAGACCGACAUCCACGAGCUAACCCAGGAGCUCGACGGAGCAGGCAUCCCCUUCCUGGACUACAGGACCUAUGCCAUGAGGGUGCUGUUCCCCGGCAUUGAGGACCACCCUGUGCUCAAGGAGAUGGAGGUGCAAGCCAACGUGGAGAAGGCCCUGACGCUGUUCGGCCAGCUGCUGAACAAGAAGCACUUCCUGCUGAGCUUCAUCCGCACGCUGGAGGCUCAGCGCUCCUUCUCCAUGCGGGACAGGGGCAACGUGGCGUCCCUCAUCAUGACCGCCCUGCAGGGGGAGAUGGAGUACGCCACGGGGGUGCUCAAACAGCUGCUGUCCGACCUCAUCGACAAGAACCUGGAGAGCAAGAACCACCCCAAGCUCCUACUGCGCCGAACGGAGUCCGUCGCUGAGAAAAUGCUGACAAACUGGUUCACCUUCCUCCUCUACAAGUUUCUGAAGGAGUGUGCAGGAGAGCCCCUCUUUAUGCUGUACUGCGCCAUGAAGCAGCAGAUGGAGAAGGGCCCCAUCGACGCCAUCACCGGAGAGGCCCGCUACUCCCUCAGCGAGGACAAGCUGAUUCGCCAGCAGAUCGACUACAAGACCCUGACCCUGCACUGUGUAAACCCGGAGAAUGAGAAUGCACCGGAGGUGACGGUGAAGUGCCUCAACUGUGACACCAUCACCCAGGUGAAGGAGAAGCUGCUGGACGCAGUGUACAAGGGCAGCCCCUACUCCCAGAGGCCCAAAGCUGGGGACAUGGACCUGGAAUGGCGUCAGGGCCGAAUGGCCAGAAUCAUCCUCCAGGACGAGGAUGUCACCACCAAGAUCGACAACGACUGGAAACGCCUCAACACGCUGGCCCACUAUCAGGUGACGGAUGGGUCAGUGAUCGCCCUGGUGCCAAAGCAGAACUCCGCCUACAACAUCUCCAACUCGUCCACGUUCACCAAGUCUCUCAGCCGAUACGAGAGCAUGCUGCGGACAGCCAGCAGCCCGGACAGCCUGCGCUCUCGCACGCCCAUGAUCACGCCCGACCUGGAGAGCGGCACCAAGCUGUGGCACCUGGUGAAGAACCACGACCACUCGGACCAGCGCGAGGGCGACCGCGGCAGCAAGAUGGUGUCCGAGAUCUACCUGACCCGCCUGCUGGCCACCAAGGGUACGUUGCAGAAGUUUGUGGAUGACCUGUUUGAGACCAUCUUCAGCACAGCACACCGUGGCAGCGCCCUCCCGCUGGCCAUUAAGUACAUGUUCGACUUCCUGGACGAACAGGCCGACAAACACCAGAUCACCGACUCCGACGUGAGGCACACCUGGAAGAGCAACUGCCUACCCCUGCGCUUCUGGGUGAACGUGAUCAAGAACCCCCAGUUCGUCUUCGACAUCCACAAGAACAGCAUCACGGACGCCUGCCUGUCCGUCGUCGCCCAGACCUUCAUGGACUCCUGCUCCACCUCUGAGCACAAACUGGGCAAGGACUCCCCCUCCAACAAGCUGCUGUACGCCAAGGACAUCCCCAACUACAAGAACUGGGUGGAGAGGUACUACUCGGACAUCUCGCGGAUGCCGGCGAUCAGCGACCAGGACAUGAGCGCCUACCUGGCGGAGCAGUCGCGGCUGCACCUGAACCAGUUCAACAGCAUGAGCGCACUGCACGAGAUCUACUCCUACAUCGUCAAGUACAAGGACGAGAUCCUGUCGGCGCUGCAGAAGGACGAGCAGGCCCGCAGACAGAGACUGCGCAGCAAGCUGGAGCAGGUCAUCGACACCAUGGCCCUGGCCAGCUGAGAACCGACCCCCCCAGCCCGAGGAGCAGGGGGCCGCGCCGCCGUUCCCAACCCCAAUCCGAAGGACUGCAAGGACAGAAGCAGUGCACUGGAGAUCGCACAGAGCUGGGCUUGUGUGGGGCCCAUCCCGGUUCGCCUCAGUCAACACAGACACACACACACAUACAACAAAAAAAAAAAAAAAAACACGCAUCUAAAGAGAGCAUUUGUUCAUUGUAGCUGACGCCAUUGUUAUUUCUCGCUGUCGAAAUUGCAUCGCGCGAAGCUGGACACCGGGAAAGGAACUCGUGGAGGAAACGAGGAGAGGUACGGGCACCUUGGGUAACCCGCAGAGUCAUCACCGCUCUCCUGGCCACGUGACCGCCAGUCACACGACCGAACUUCAUUGGGACCUUCUCGACAUCAAGGACUUUUGGUUUUAUUUUCCAGCUCCUGUGUCGUUUCUUUUUCCUCCUUCCUCUGUCCUCAAAUGCCCACUUUUCUCCAGUCUCCUGGCACUCGUGUCACUGCUGAAUUUGCACAAUUUACAAAAACUGAAAUGAAAAAAAGAGAUCUAAAUAUAUCUAUAUAUGUAUAAAUACAAUUGCAUUUUUAAAGAAACGAGCAAAAAUAAAGGUAAAAAAAAGUUUUCCAUUUUAAGACACAACUUCAAUUGACACGACAAAAAAGGCUUUGAUAUUUCUGACAAAAAAAAAAAUGAACAAAGAGGAAAAAAAAGAAGUAGAAAAACCUGUCCCGUGCCAUGUUUUAUUUGAAUGUUGUUUAGUGCAAAGACAUUUUGUUAGAUGAAAUGUGCUAUGAUUUAAAUGUUGACAUGCCUAGCGACUGAAACUGAUCAGAAAAAAGCUGAGUGCAAAAAAAAAUGGAAAACAGAUGAAAGAUGACCAGGAGUGUGAGACCUAGUCUGUUUUUCUAAAGAAGAAAGACCCAAACUCGCAGCCAUAGGUUGGAAUAUUACUUUUGAAGUAAGAUGUACUGUAUUUUUAUUGCUUUCGCAAAUGCGCCCACCUUCAGCGCAACAGUGAUUUUAAUUUGCAAACCAAACACAGAGUGGCGGGACUCCUGCUCUAGUAAAAAAAUGUUACAUUGGGGUCCUCCAACACCUGGGUGGAAAGCUUUGUAUUCAUCACCCCCCGCCUUUAUAAUGGUUUGCCUCUUGCUUUUAUCGAUGUGGCUGAAUCCUUUCUGUAUAGCUUCCUGUCCACACCGGUAAUAUUCAUAUGAAGUAGAUUGCAUAACUUGAAGAAAAAAAAAAUCGUUCGACAGGAUUUGGAUAACAGAGCUCUCUGUGGUCAUGGCUGGGGGUGGAGUUUAGGGGAUGAGACUUAUGGAUAUAGUCACAUGACGUGGGUCUCGCACUCUACGCCCCAAACUGAAGAUUUCUCCCUCAUGGGGGAACCGGUUCUGCAUAGCACCGUGUUGUUCGGCUUAAUGCAAGGUCCUUUCAGCACACGCAGCAGGGGUACGUCUCUGAAGAGAGCUGUUGUCUUUUUGAUAGCGUCCUGUCCCUGGUUCCCUGGCCCAACCCCUAUAACUGAACAGUGUUUAGCUGGACUUUGUCCCCACCCUGUGUCAGAACACGAUAACGAGUUGUCGAGCUCCCGCUAGAGUGGUGGCGGGAGCGUCCCAAAACGCUGACGGGACCUCCCGCGGCAUGCAGAUGGAGGUGGCCGAGAGGAGUCUGUGUUGCACGGAUUGCGACUGCGAGCUCAGAGGUCUGACGAGGGCUAGCUUCGAGGAGGGUGAAACCACCCAGCCUGCUUAUCCACUCAUUAGCUAAAUAAUCCCCUUAGCCCUUGGCC